AUGCUUUACCUCGAAGAUUAUCUUGAAAUGAUCGAACAUCUACCUCAAGAACUAAGAGACAGAUUUACUGAAAUGCGAGAAAUGGAUUUAUCAGUGCAAAAUAACAUGGAUACCUUAGAAAAACGGGUAAGAACAUUAUUUGGUGGAUGUCGUAGAGGUGAGAUAAACACUGAUCAGGCAAACACUGAAUUUGCUGACAUAAAAAGAGGUUAUAAUAAAACUCUUGAAGAAGCUGAUGAGAAAGUGACCCUGGCUAACCAGAUGUAUGACCUUGUUGAUCGAUACCUACGAAGAUUAGACACAGAAUUGCAUAAGUUUAAAUGUGAAUUGGAAGCAGAUAAUAAAGGAAUAACUGAGUUAUUGGAGAAACGGUCUCUGGACCUUGACACUAACACAAAUCAUUCAAGCACUUCUAGUAAUAAUCAUUAUAAGGAAAACAGAUAUCGUAUUCGGGCUGAGAAACGUCGCGACAGUUGGGGUACGAGAGAUUCAAGGGCACAUGCUAGUAAUGGAAAUCUAUCCAGAACAGAUUCUGCCAUUCAGGCCGUUCUAGGCCGAGAUUCGUAUCCGCUGGUGCAUGCCGGAAGCACCAUCGCUACUGCUGCCAGCCAAGCGAUUGCUGCUACACAACAGACUCAUCACGGCCGUCGUACAGCCUCCCUAAAGGCCUCUUACGAAGUGGUGACUGGUGGGGACCUCGUCCACCAGACUCUGCACCAAACACACCAUACCCACCAUGAUCAUGGCCACGGAGUGCCCUCCAGCCACGCGCAAAGCGGCAGCGUGCACGUCCACCACUCAACGCACGCGCACGCCACCUCCGCCUCAACUAACAAACGCCACAACAAGCAAAAGAAGAGCUCGUACGGGGGCGCUUCGGCCGUAUCGGCGCAUACACAGCAGGCCGUUUCGGCGGCGGCAAGCCGCUCCUCAUCGCCCACCGUCGUGGGCAUCAGCAACGUGGUGAACAACGUGACAAUUGAGGAGCCAAUGGAAGAGGAGUGGACGUACGACCCCAACGAGCCGCGCUACUGCAUCUGCAACCAAGUCUCAUACGGAGACAUGGUCGCCUGCGAUAACCAAGACUGCCCGUACGAGUGGUUCCACUACCCGUGCGUCGGCAUCACGGCGCCGCCCAAGGGCAAGUGGUACUGCCCCCAGUGCCAGACCAACAUGCGCCGCAACCGCAACCGGAAGAAC